GCGGGCGCCGGGACCAUGCUGAGGACCGAGGCCGGCGGGGCCGGGGGGGCCCCCUCGGCCGGGGGCGCGGCGGGGGCCGGGGGGCUGCGCAGCGCGUCCCCGCACCGGAACGCCUACGAGGCCACCAUCCAGGCCCUGGCGCCCACAAAGGAGGCCGACGGCGAGGAUGGCAAGAAGAGCCGCGGGAAGAAGUAUGGCUCCAACGUGCAUCGGAUCAAGAACAUGUUCCUGCAGAUGGGGACGGCGCCCGGCCCCGAGGGCGCCUGCGACCUGGCCAAGGCCAAGGAGAAGCCGGUGCGCCUGUCCUUGCCCCGCGCUGGCAGCCUGGGCGACGGCGUGGACCAAGGCAGCCUCCUCAAGCUGGGCACCAGCGUCUCGGAGCGCGUCAGCCGCUUCGACUCCAAGCCCGACAAACCCUUCUCCAAGCUGCAGGAGACCCGCAAGAUCUUCGAGAGGAGCCCGCAGGAGAAGGCCACCAGCACCAAGCUGCUGCUGCGCAAGGAGCGCGCCGGCUUCCAGGACCGCAAGCUGGACGUGGUGGUGAGGUUCAACGGCAGCACCGAGUCGCUGGAUAAGCUGGACGCCGACGCCGUGUCGCCCACCGUGAGCCAGCUGAGCGCCGUCUUCGAGAAGGCCGACCUGAGGAACAACCUGCACAAGGCGCAGGGCCGGGCGGCCGCGCCGCUGGGCGCCAAGGCGGUGGCCAAGAGGCCCAGGGUGUUCACGCCUGGCACCCGCGGCGAUGGCACCGGCGAUGGGCACGCUGCCCCGGCCCGCGCCCGGCCGCCCGACGAGGAGAAGGCGGCGGGGAAGAGCGGGCGGCCGGCGGAGAAGGAGGCGGUUGCGCCAAGGGUGCAGGAGGUGUGCAAGAUCAAGCCCGUGGAGGUGGAGGAGAGCGGAGAGGGCGAGGAGGAGGAGGAGGCGGCGGCGGGUGAAGCGGUGCCCGCGCCCCAACCGGCCAAAGGGGACGAAGGUCCGGCGGCCGCAGCCCCCCGGCCGGACGGGGGCUCGGGGGCGGCCGCGGGCUCGGAGGGCGUCAAGGGCGAGCGGGCGGAGGAGGGCGAUGGCUCCGAGGAGGCCAAGAAGGAGGAUUUCUCCGAGGCCGACCUGGUGGACAUAAGUGCCUACAGCGGGCUCGGGGAGGACUCGGGGGGCAGCGGGCUGGAGGAGGAGGAGGAGGCCGAAGGGCUGUACGAGCCCGAGUCGGGCUGCGUGGAGAUCCCGGGGCUGUCUGAGGAAGAGGAGCCCGUGCCCAACCGCAAGAUCCAGUUCAGCACGGCCCCCAUCCAGGUGUUCAGCACUUACUCCAACGAGGAUUACGACCGCCGCAAUGAGGACGUGGAUCCCAUGGCGGCCUCGGCCGAGUACGAGCUGGAGAAGAGGGUGGAGAGGCUCGACCUGUUCCCCGUGGAGCUGGAGAAAGACUCGGAAGGGCUGGGGAUCAGCAUCAUCGGGAUGGGCGCGGGGGCCGACAUGGGCCUGGAGAAGUUGGGGAUCUUCGUCAAGACGGUGACAGAAGGGGGGGCAGCGCACCGGGACGGCAGGAUCCAGGUGAACGACCUGAUCGUAGAGGUGGAUGGCACCAGCCUGGUGGGGGUCACGCAGAGCUUCGCCGCCUCCGUGCUCAGGAACACCAAGGGCCGUGUCCGGUUCCUGAUCGGGCGGGAGAAGCCGGGGGAGCAGAGCGAGGUGGCACAGCUGAUCCAGCAGACGCUGGAGCAGGAGCGGUGGCAGCGCGAGAUGAUGGAGCAGCGCUACACCCAGUACACCGAGGACGACGAGGAGGUGAGGGGACAGCGCUGCCCGGCGGGGACACGGGCUGGGCGUGGCACGCUGGGUACCCCCCAGGUGCCAACCCCGCCCCUGUGCCUCCCACAGACCGGGGAGUACGCCACGGAUGAGGAGGAGGAGAUGAGCCCCAUGUUCCCCAGCGGGGAGAUGGCCAUCGAGGUGUUCGAGCUGGCCGAGAACGAGGACACGCUGUCCCCCGUGGAGAUGGACCCCGAGAAGCUGGUGCACAAGUUCAAGGAGCUCCAGAUCAAACACGCCGUGACCGAGGCUGAGAUCCAGCAGCUCAAGAGGAAGCUGCAGUGCCUGGAGCAGGAGAAGGCACGCUGGAGGGCCGAGAAGGCCCAGCUGGAGCAGAGCGUGGAGGAGAACAAGGAGCGCAUGGAGAAGCUGGAGGGUUACUGGAUGGAGGCCCAGAACCUGUGCCAGGCCGUGGACGAGCACCUCAAGGAGACCCAGGCCCAGUACCAGACCCUGGAGCGCAAGUACAGCAAGGCCAAGCGGCUCAUCAAGGAGUACCAGCAGAAGGAGAUCGAGUUCCUGAAGAAGGAGACGGCGCAGCGGCGGGUGCUGGAGGAGUCGGAGCUGGCGCACAAGGAGGAGAUGGAGAAGCUGCAGGAGAAGAUCUCCGAACUGGAGGCCAAGCUGCAGACUUUGAAAAAUUCCAACCCGACCUAAACCACCCUCAAACCGCAGCGAUCCUGGGGGGGGCCCCUCCCCACCCCGGCCCUGCCCCCUCCCCUUCCCAGCCCUUCCCCGGGGGGAGGGGGGGGGGGUGAGACCCCGCCAAGGCCUCCUGGUGCCCCCCACCCCCCUCGGGGGCACGAACGGUGGGGGGGGCUCGGGGGGGACACCCCGCGUUCGUGUCUGUGUCCAGUGUGAGUCUCGUGGUGACGUGAUGGACCCGCGGGGGGGGGCGCGGGCCCCCCCAGGCCUCCCCCUCCCCCUCGACGUGACCCCCCCCCCCGACCCCGGACACAGCACCUGGCUGGACGCUGGGGGGGGGGGACACAGGACAAUGUCCCGCCCCCACCCCAAAUGUGAGCCAUGCUGGGGGGGAACGCUGGGAGCCCCCCCAGACCCAGCUCCUUCUCUUGGGACUCACCGGAGCACGGCCGGGGGGGGCCUCUGCCCCCCGAGCCCCCCCCCCACGGACUCACCCCCAGCCCCACAUCGAGGUGACCCCGGGACCAUCGCCAUGGGGGGGGGGACCCCGAGUGUCCCCCUCGACCCCCUCAGUGCCACCAUCGCCGGGCAGGGGGGGACCCCCGAGCCUUUGCCAACCCCGCAGGGGAUGGGGGGGCACCAGCCCCGCUGCCCCCCCCCGCCAACGCCCCCCACCCCCCAGCCCG